AUGGUCAUAGCCGAUUUCACAUUUACCGAUAGCUCCAAUACUCCUCUUGUCUGGCGCCUGAAUGAGUCAUUACUGACCCGUCCGGCUGUGUUUGAUGCGCUAUUGGAUGAACUUAAACAGUUCUUUCAGUUGAAUGACACACCGGAUACUGAUCCUAUGAACCUGUGGUUGACCCACAAGGCCUUCAUGCGGGGCAAGCUCAUUCAGGUGGCGUCAAGACUUAAAAAGGACAGAUCUUCAGCUCAAGUCACCCUAGAGUCUAGAUUGGCUAAACUAGUGAGGGCUCAUCAGCAAACCCCAUCCCUUUACCUACUGAAGGAAAUAAAGGACACCAAGUCCCAACUGAAUACCCUACUUUCAAAUAAUACAGAAAAAGCACUUCGCUGGACUGCCUCCUACUAUUACAAAUAUGCUAAUAAACCUGAUAAGAUGUUGGCCCGCCAACUUAAAGCCACGCAGAGAAUAAACCAAGUCUACCAAAUCCGCACACGGACUGGUAGAACCACCACUCACCCGGACAUCAUUUAUGACACCUUCCAAUCUUUCUAUAAGAAGCUAUAUUCCGAGCGCAAUGGUGACCCCAGCAACAGGGUGGGUGACUUCCUUUCUCCCAUUCCCCUUCCUAGGGUCUCUUCAGCUGCAUUGGCGGAACUUAAUAGUCCAAUUACGGCGGAGGAGGUGACCUACUCAAUCAAAGCCCUGAAACUGGGAAAAGCCCCAGGCCCGGAUGGCUAUACGGCGCUUUAUUUUAAAAAAUUUGCAGACCAAUUAAUACCUUUCAUCACUAAAUACUGUAACCAUCUGUUACAGGGCUCCACACCCCCAGCCGAGUUCCUAGCGGCCAAGAUAACGGAUGUGAGGGGCAAUGAGCAGAGUACAGAGGACAUUCCUACAGAUAACCGCCCGGAUGACUGUACCAGGAACUUAGAGAAACAUCUGGUAUCUUCGGAUUUUGAAGUAGAUGAACGUGGUAUCACACGAGAUACAUUUGAAGAGCAUGCCAAUAUCCAAGAUAUAUUUUCAUCCAAUCUCAGCAACAAUGCAUCAUUUGAUUCUUUUAAACAGGUCCGAUCUUCUGAUUCAUCACAGACUGUAACACAGAAUACAAGUCACAGCAGAGGUGCUAAACAUCCAACAGCUUAUGUAAGAGAGAAGACAUUUUCAUGUUCAGAAUGUGGAAAAUGUUUUACCAAUAAUUCAUCUCUUGUUAAACACCAGAGAAUUCACAGAGGAGAGAAGCCAUUUUCAUGCUCAGAAUGUAGUAAGCGUUUUUCUCAGAAAUCACAUCUUGUUGUACAUCAGAGAGUUCACACCGGGGAAAAGCCAUUUUCAUGUUCAGAAUGUGGGAAAUGUUUUAAGCAGAAAUCAGCUCUUGUUACACAUCAAAAAACUCACAGAGAAGAGAGGCCAUUUUCAUGUUCAGAAUGUGGAAAAUGUUUUAAGCAUAAAUUGGCUCUUGUUGUACAUCAGAGAGUUCACACCGGGGAAAAGCCAUUUUCAUGUUCAGAAUGUGGGAAAUGUUUUAAGCAGAAAUCGGCUCUUGUUACACAUCAAAAAACUCACAGAGAAGAGAGGCCAUUUUCAUGUUCAGAAUGUGGGAAAUGUUUUAGCAAUAAUUCAUAUCUUGUUGUACAUCAGAGAACUCACACAGGAGAGAAGCCAUUUUCAUGCUCAGAAUGUGGGAAAUGUUUUAAGCAUAAACAAGCUCUUGUUACGCAUCAGAGAAUUCACACAGGAGAGAAGCCAUAUCCAUGUUCAGAAUGCAGUGAAUGUUUUAAGCGGCUAUCGACUCUUGUUUUCCAUCAGAGAGAUCACACAGGGGAGAAGCCAUUUUCAUGCUCAGAUUGUGGAAAAUGUUUUAAGCAGAAAUCAACUCUUGUUACACAUCAAAAAACUCACAGAGAAGAGAGGCCAUUUUCAUGUUCAGAAUGUGGAAAUUGUUUUAAGCAUAAAUUGGCUCUUGUUGUACAUCAGAGAGUUCACACCGGGGAAAAGCCAUUUUCAUGUUCAGAAUGUGGGAAAUGUUUUAGCAAUAAUUCAUAUCUUGUUGUACAUCAGAGAACUCACACAGGAGAGAAGCCAUUUUCAUGCUCAGAAUGUGGGAAAUGUUUUAAGCAUAAACAAGCUCUUGUUACGCAUCAGAGAAUUCACACAGGAGAGACGCCAUAUCCAUGUUCAGAAUGCAGUGAAUGUUUUAAGCAGCUAUCGGCUCUUGUUAUGCAUCAGAGAAAUCACACUGGUGAGAAGCCAUUUUCAUGCUCAGAAUGUGGAAAAUGUUUUAAGCAGAAAUCAACUCUUGUUACACAUAAAAAAACUCACAGAGAGAAGCCAUCUCCAUGCUUAGCCCUUUAGUGACCUCCCUUAUGUGUUUUGUUUUUUUAUUCUUUUUAUUGAAACAUUUUACAUUUUUAAAACAGGGACAGAAAUAAAAAAGGGGAGGGAAUUAUAACAAGAUUUCUGGAAUUAUACAUUGUUUGAAAUAGUCCAUCUAUAUCAUGAAGCAACUGAUAAAAAUGGGUUUCUAGCAAUCAGCAUAUUAUAAAAUAUAAUAAUAGUAUGAUAAAAGAAAAAACAUAAAAAGGGGAGGGAAAGGGAAGGUUAAGUUUGAAGAGCGCUCAAAGUACCUUUUAUAAAGAGGAGAUAAUGUACCAGGAGGUAUACUGAAAUGGUUUGACUAUUUCAGAGAGGAUGAAAUGUGUGGUCAGAAAAGUCUUCCAUUUUCGAAAGAAUUUAGUAGCAGAGCUCUUUUUGUGCCUUUUUGCCUCGAUCUGAUCAUACAGAACUGUAUCUUCAGUUGUGAAAUCACUGUUGAUACGUCUGGCAUUAAGCUGGAGAGCCAGUGGUGUAAUACUACUCUUUUGGCCACCAGCAAUAUUGAGUGGAGGAAGAGAGGAACAUUUUGAGGGCGAGUAGCUUGGUGUGUUGGAAAGCGAAUAUAGUAAAACAACAAUGUUUGAGGGGGAGGUUGAUCGACCAGUAUGUCCUGACAUACUAUCAGACUUUCCCAAAAUUUUGAGACCUGACGGCAUGACCAUAUGCCAUGCCAAAAAUCUGAAGCUGGCUUUUUACAUUUGGAGAAAGAGUAAAGAGCAAGGGUAAAUCAGAUCCUAGGGAAUGAUUUAUCCAAAAUAAAAGAAGAACUUGAGGUGCUAGUGGAAUAGAAGUGUUAGUGAUAGGUAUACCACUUGGUACAUAGUUACAUAGUAUAUAAGGCCGAAAAUAUACAAUUGUCCAUCCAGUUCGGCCUGUUAUCCUGCAAGAUGAUCCAGAGAAAGGAAAAAAAAAACACCUGUG